AUGCCCAAACAGACAACUGGAAAUGCUAGCACAAAUUUUGCCAGUUUUGCUGUUGACAUUUCGUCACAACCGUACGCAAGAAGGGUACAGGCUCUCAUAAAGCUUAUCACCGACCUUCGAGCUCUUGGGUACUGUCUUUUUGUUUCUAGCAGUUGCAGAAUUUACUCAGUCUGUCCUUAUGGCAGUGCUCAAGCAGAUGUCGACUUGCCACGCAUCGCCGUUAUAGGAAACCAAUCUGCUGGCAAAAGCUCGCUGAUUGAGGCGAUGACUAGGAUCACUGUACCUCGCUCUCAGGGGACUUGUACGAGAUGUCCCAUGGAAUGUCGGCUGUCAAACUCACCCGAGCCCUUUAAAUGUCAAAUAUUUCUUCGCAUUGAAAAGGACCAGUUUGGGUUACCUGUCAGGGAAGUCAAGGAAACCAAGUUUGGACCGCUUCUACAUGACAAGAGGGAACUCGAAGUGAUGCUGCGUCGAGCACAGCUUGCAAUACUUAACCCGAGUGUACCAAAAGACAGAUUUGCCGAUCUCGAUCUCGAAACCUUGGAUCCUGAUAAGCCGCCUCUGGGUUCUUUCCGCCAGCUACAGUUCUCUCCGAACGUCAUAUGCUUGGAUAUCUUCAGUCCGGAUGUGACAAACCUGUCGUUCAUAGAUCUUCCAGGGAUCAUCUCUAACAUUGCAGAUGGAGAGGAUUCUGCGAACAUCGAUCUCAUUCAAAAUCUUGUCAGAGACAACAUAUCGGGGAAUACACUUAUUCUCUUGACAAUAACAAUGAGGGAUGAUAUCCAGAACCAGAAGGCUGCUCUUCUUGCUAAAGAAGCAGAUCCAAAUGGUGAUCGUACCAUUGGUGUACUCACAAAACCUGAUACGCUGCAGGAUGGAGAACACAAGCAAUGGCUCGAUGUACUUGCAGGUCGAAAGCAUCCGCUUACUCAUGGAUACUAUGUAACAAAGCAAGCAAGUCCCGCUGAGUUACAGGAGCGGCUCGCCUACGAACAGGGCAGAGAACGCGAAUGGUCGUAUUUUGCUAAUCAAUCUCCAUGGCGUGAGCAGGAUUCCAGAGUCUGUCAGCGCUUGGGAGUCCCGAACCUAACAACCAGGCUCAGCACUCUCCUGAGCCAACUAAUUGAAAAAACGAUACCAAAACUCAAGAAAGACUCGCGUUCAUUGCUUAACCUGAUAUCGCGAGAACUACGCUGCCUUCCUCCGCCUCCCUCCGGAAAUCCUACGUCAGAACUCCUGAAGCUGGUAGCAGAUUUCAAUUCCGAUUUACAUAACCAUGUUCGUGGAGUCUCAGGAGAUAUCAUUCAGAGAACUCGCCCCGCGUACGAGUCAUUCAGCAAAGACAUACUGUCUACGAAACCAAAUUUCGUACCAUUCUUAAAGGCGGAACGGAAUGAAGUCGAACCACCCACCAGCAAAAAUAACGUCGAGCUCGAACCUGACUCAGUACAAGAAACCGUGUACCUCGAUGAUUUACCGUUCAAUGUACCAUACAAAGUGAAAGUAUUCUAUAUCAAUGAAUGCUUCACUGAAUGGAGUGGCCAUGCACGCACCUGUUUCGACAAGGUCUUGCAUGUAUAUCAAAAGUGUUUGGACGGCCUCGUCACUAAGUAUUUCGGAAAAUACUCGCACGGUGGACUUCAUGAACGCAUUAGGAGCAUAGUUGAGGACAAAUUAGAACGCACAAAGGAAACUGCACUGGAACGAAUUGGCUGGCUCCUGGAACUUGAAGAAGAUCCGUUUACUCUAAAUGAGCAUUAUUUGUUCAGUUGUAGAGAUAAGUACCUCAAGCAAUACCGAGAACAGCGCCAGGUAUGGUUUGGGAUAUCUCAUUUGAUUUUACUGACUCACCCCUCCCCCCUGAAAUAUUGGAUUGACUAG